CGUAAAGAAUUAUGCCAGCGCAUCUCGUUUUGAAAGUUUUGAGCAUGACUGAAACUGAAACUGAGAAACCUCGGGAUUAAGAAAAAAAUAAUGACAGAGGUAUGACAUACCGUAUCGUACGGCCCUUAGGGUAUGUAUCGUUCUACUAGUACUCGUACUUCUAUUCAAUUACCAACGAAACCAGGCAGCGAUUGUUCAUCAUCAAACGUCCGUCCUUCUCRGAUCGAUUUCAAUCCCGUUCUCAAUAACUUUUCCUCCACGCUAGCAAGGAUUGAAACAAGGCACUGCUCGAGACCGCGGCGACACCAAACAACGGUACAACACCCCCCCCUCCCCUUCCCCGAGAGACGACAAGACAACCAUGGUGUGGGGCGCGAUCAAGAACGCGAUAGGCCUGGGGAAUCCCCUGGACAGCCUUCCCGAGGGCCCGACCCGGCUGCCGGACUACUUUCCGCUGGAGCCCAAGGGCUGCGARAAGCCCUCCCAGAAACUCUUCAAAUGCCUCUCCCGUGAGGCCACCGAAAAGGCCCGAGACAUGGAGCGGGUGGGCUUUCACAAGUCGCACUUYCCGGACGUCGUGGUAGGCCCUCUGGACCCCAAGGCAGCGGAGGCCGUCGCGAACGAUCCCGAGAACCCCGAGUUUCCCAAGCCGGGCGACAAUCCACUGGACGAGUGCCGGUUGUUCAUUGCCAACUACAUGAAGUGCUGCGACAGGAAUCUGAAGCAAAAACGGAACCGGCUGCUUCAAGAAACCGUGCGGGUCCAGGAAGAAUACCGCUACCAGGGACCUACGGCGUCCGCUGAGGAAUAAGCGAACAAAUCACGGCAAAGCCCAUCGGGUUGUUGGAUCUAUGAUUUGCACAGACGACAAGCACUGAAAAAUCAAAUUUCACACCUUGUCGCUGACUUUAAAAUAUUCGAAAAGAUUUUUUUGCGUUUCAACGCACAUGUUAUCAUCAACGAACCAACGUGGUAGCAAGAUGCAUCUGCAGAAACCGUAGAGAAACGCCCACCACCCUAUGAACUACCGUAAUGUGCUAAUGGAUUCUCAUUAC